AUGGCGGACCGGCAGUCGGUGCAGCACAGCCUUAACAGCCUGCUCUCUAAACUGAGCGACCCUGACCCGGAUAUGCGAUACAUGUCGCUAAAUGAUCUACUUGGCAUUUUAAAUAAUCCUAAUUCCACCUAUCUGGCUCACGAUCAAGUCUCCUCAUCAAGACUGGCUGAGGGCUUAUUGAAGGCCUUGGAUGACCAACAUGGCGAUGUCCAGAACCAAGCCCUGAAAUGUCUUGGUCCUCUUGUCCUUCGACUGCCCUUCGAAAGCCUUGCUUCUCUUCUCGAAAAGCUCACCAACCUGACAGCCUCGCAAACCAUUGACACAUCCGUUCCGAAUACUGCUCUGAGAUACAUUGUGACAGCUCUACCUCGGCCGCAGCCGGGUCAGCCUCCAAGUCAGGAGGCGACAAUGGCAUAUUCGGCCGUCUCUCGCGUCCUCAUUCCUCGCUUGACUGGCCCGACUCCAUCCCCUACUAGUCGGCGUGGCUCGAUCGUCAAGGGCAUGUUAGAGAAGGAUCCAUCAAAGGGCUUCAGCAGUGAUGCUAUUGAUGUACUCAUUCAGGUUGUCACUUGCUUUGGCCCCCUGCUGAAAGAGCCCGAAUUGACGGCCUUGCAAAACUCCGUCCUGUCUAUCGUUGACAACGAUACAGCUGGCACCGUGGUCACCAAAAGGGCUCUGACGGCCAUAUCUGCCCUCGUGCUCCACUUCUCCGAUGCUCAACUGAGCGCUUUUGUCCAGGGGCUGGUCCAAAGAUUCAACUCCCCACAACUUAGUACAGUCCAUCGGCGUCACCUCAUUGCCACCGUCGGUGGUGUAGCGAAAAGUGCCCCGGCCAAGUUUGGUCCUCAUCUUCCUACGCUAGCCCCUUAUGUCUUUGCUGCUGUUGGCGAGGAUAACCUAGCACAAGUAAGUCGGCAUCAAUACUAUCUCACUUCAAAUAACCUUGCUCACGGCCCGGCUUUAUACAUAUCUCAUCAGCUGUACAAGUCUCGCUGUCUACAUUACUCUACAGUUUACUCUGAAUUACGUCUUACCACAAUAUACUAUCUCAAAAUGCACAUGCUUCGCUUGGUUGUUUCUGGGCUUGGUCUUGUGGCAUGCACGACUGCGCGCAACAUAUUCAGUUUGCAGCCUAACCGUCAAGGAACUCAUCUUCUGCCCCUUACUCACGGAGAUGCUCCUGAUCACAAGCUUGUCGAGCGUGAUUCUAGUCCUCGCUGUGGCCCUGAUCAUGGCAAGUGUCCUGAGGGUAAAUGCUGCUCAACUGCUGGUAACCACUGCAGCUCUCCUGACUGUCAGAUAGACUUCGGUAAUUGCGACGCUCACACAACUCCAGGAGGCCCCCCUACGGACAAGAUUCCUCGGCCUCAUGUAGGCAACGUACCCUAUGGCCCGAAAUUCAUUCGGUCCUGUACUACUCCAGGAACUAUUGCCCUGACCUUUGAUGAUGGCCCCAAGGAAUACACUCAGGACCUUCUCGACCUCCUUGACAAGUAUGAAGCAAAAGUGACAUUCUUUGUUACAGGAAACAACAAUGCCAAGGGUGAGAUUGACAGUCCCGGGAUGCCUUGGGCAUCUUUGAUUCAACGCAUGUACCGCAGUGGCCACCAGGUUGCUAGCCAUACUUGGUCACACCAAGACCUUAGUAAGGUCACGCAAGAUCAGCGCCGGGUUCAGCUGCUGUGGAACGAAGUUGCCCUACGAAACAUUUUGGGAACAAUCCCCACUUACAUGCGCCCACCGUAUUCCAGCUGUACCGCGGAGUCAGGCUGUCUGGAAGAUCUUGGCUCGCUUGGAUAUCAUGUCAUCCUGUACGACAUCGACACUGAAGACUACAGUCAUGAUAGCCCGGCUCUGAUCCAACAAUCCAAGGACAUUUUCGAUCGCAACUUGGCCUAUCGAACGGAUUUCGAUAGGCCUUGGCUCGUCAUUGCUCACGAUGUCCAUGAACAAACGGUCCACAAUCUCACCGAGUACAUGUUGAAGAAGCUUAUCGCAGAGGGCUACCGCGCCGUGACGGUUGGCGAGUGUCUGGGUGAUCCGCCUGAGCUCUGGUAUCGUAAGGACGAGGCCUUCGACGAUCGACAAACCCGAAAGUCUAAAUCCAAGAACGAUGAUGCCAAAACUGUAUCAGUUGAUGGCAUGUGUGGUGGAAACAUCACCUGUCUUGGGUCGCGGUUCGGCCCUUGCUGCAGUGGCACUGGUUUCUGUGGCAGCAUGUCUACAUUUUGCGGUUCUGGAUGUCGACCUGAUAAUGCCGGCGAAGUCAGAAGGGAAGACUUUGCAGCUAAGCUCAUCGGUGGCAAUUGUGAUAUUGUUAUUCCUCGUGGUAUUGAUGGAUUAAGCUGA